AUGUCCCGCCCCCUCUUCUCCGCGUUCCGAGCGGCCUUCCGCUCCGGCGGGGCGCCCUUCGGUUCGCGUGCUGCGCCGCGGUCCGCCUUCAACUUUACGGCCGGGCUCGGUGCCGGCGCUGGCUUCACGUUCGGUGCGCGCCGUGCGUCGUCGACUGUGGUCAGCACGUCGACGCGCUCGACCCUCUUCCGCCCCAUCACAAUCAUUCUUGCGUUCGCUCCUAUCUUGUGCGGGUACCUCGGCGUGUGGCAGGUACAGCGGCUCAAGUGGAAGCUUGCACUCAUCGAGGAGAUCGACCACAACCUCACCAAGGCGCCGAUCGCACUCCCCGACCACGUCAACAUGUCCGCUCUUCCUGACUUUGCCUUCCGCCGUGUCCUGCUCAAGGGCCACUUCCGCGGCCCACCCAUCCUCCAGGGCCCCCAGACGCGCGACGGCACUGCUGGUUACCAUCUGAUCGUGCCGUUCGACCGCAGCGCCGAGGGCGGAAGCACAGUACUCGUGAACCAGGGUUUCAUCCUGACGGCGGAGGGCGACGCUAUCCGCGAGGGACGCAAGCCCGUCCCUGGUCUGGCGGCCGACGGUGGGCCGGGAGAGGAGGUGGUCAUCGAGGCGAUGCUCACCAAGGUCGACAAUGACGCCAAAUCCUACUUUGUCCCCCCAAACCAGCCGCACGACAACCAAUGGUUCUGGAAGGACAUUCCCGAAAUGGUCGAGUGGGUUGGCGGUGAGGCGGCGGGCGUGCAGCCUGUGCUCGUCGAUGUGAUUGAUCACGGAGACAGCGGCGUGCCCGCUUCCAUGCGCAUGGCCAAGGGCGUGCCCGUUGGCAGGCCUCCUACAAUCGAGCUGCGUAACCAGCACUUGACGUACGUCAUCACAUGGUUCUCGCUGUGCGCCGUGACGACUGUCAUGCUCGGCCUCGUCAUCCGGUCCGGCCGCACGAAGAAGAUCCCCAAGCGCCGCCCCUUCGGGCGCGGCUAG